AUGACCACCGUUCAGCCCGGUCAUACCAACCCCAAGCCUCUCCACACCCUCUCCCUCUCCGCCGACCCAUCCUCUAAACGUCCUCCUCUCGACCCUCCUGUCUUUCCACCCCGAGCAGAGAUCCCGCAGAGCGGGCAGAUCAAGACACACCCGUCUGCGCCGUUUACUGAGAGAGGAACCAAUGGAGAAGCGGAUAAGGCGGGCAAGGCUCGUUUGGUCUUUGUCGGGACGGCUACUUGUGUCUUGGAAUGGCAAGGAGUCAGAAUCAUGACCGAUCCAAACUUCCUUCACGCUGGAGACCACGUUCAUCUUGGUCCAGGCGUAACGGGCACAAGAGUCACCGACCCGGCCUUCCCGAUCGAAGGUCUACCUAGUGUGGAUGUGGUCGUCUUGAGUCAUUUUCAUGCCGACCACUUUGACCAGCUUGUACAAGAGAAACUGAGGAAGGACUUGCCGAUCGUCACAACUCGACACGCGGAAAAAGAGUUGAUGGGUCUCGAGGGGAACGGGGGCGCUUUUACCGAUGUGUACGGUAUGGACGUUUGGGAGUCGACACUGCUGAAGAUCACCGAUACGCCAGGGAAGAGCAACAAGAAGCCCGUCGUCAGGGUCGUCGCCACCCCAGGGAAACAUAUUGCCGGAUUCAUCGGGGCUGUCAACGAUGCCAUAUUGCACGCAAUCCCGCCCGAGGGGGAGGAAGAAGUUGUAGAAGUUGGGUAUAGAAUCUACAUCUCAGGGGAUACCUUGAUGGUGGAUGACUUGAAGGAAAUUCCAGCCAGAUAUCCAGACGUAGAUCUCCUCCUCAUUCAUCUGGGGGGGACGUCGAUCCCCGGAGCCAAGGCUCCUUUACUCAUGGUGACCAUGGAUGGGAAACAGGGCAUCCAGCUCGUCCGGCUCAUAUCUCCCAAACUGACCAUUCCGGUUCAUUUCGACGACUAUGACGUCUUUGCCUCCCCCCGAUCGGACUUUGAGAAAGAGGUCGAGUCGGCAGGAUUGGGAGAAAAGGUCUUGUACCUGGAUCGCGGGGACGCUUUCGAGUUUGGCGUCAGGGGUGGAUCCGAUGGGUCGUAA